CUCCGGCACAACUUCCCUGGAAGCUCCCUCUCCUUCCACACUGGUCCUGGCGUUCUCCGCUGUCAUCUGAGAUCCUCCUCCGCCUCUCACUGUUUACCCACCAUCCGCCUGUCAAACGUCUGCAUGCUCAGGAUUACCAGAGGCCUCUUUUUUUCAACGCCACCAUCUCUGCCUUCCUUCAGCUGGCUUUCUUUGGGAGGUCGGGGGUCUGGAGGACUGAGCUGAGGCAGGCUGCAGAGAGGAGCUGGGAUUGAGGCUGCCAACAUCCCUGACUUCUUCUUCUCUCUUCUUGCUAGUUGUUUUUGGUAGCUUUGAUUCUGACUGGCAGGAGUGGGGGUUUGGAGGACUCCCACACCAUGGAUCAGUCUUUGUUUGGUUGUCUCCGCAGCCCUCAUGCUCCGGCCCAGGGUCUGCACCCUGCCAUCACCCAGUCACCGCUGACCCUGCACGGCCGGAGCGACCACAUCUCCUACCUGGACCUACCCAGCUCCUCGCCCCCCUGCGGCUUCUCUGGAGGAGAGGACAACGGAGCGUUCAGAGACCACCUGCCUCAGCAGCAGCACCCUCUCCACCCUCAGCACCCACUGCAGCACCUCUCCACCCUCAGCACCCGAACCUGGCUGGCCGUCCCCAGAUGCUCUCACUUGGCACUCCUCAUCAUCUCAGCUUCCAUUUUAUUUUGGUUUCAGACGGGCCCCUGCAGUUUGUCAAACCCCUCUAAUUUUUUUCAACCCCCUUUUUUUUUGUUCUUCCUCCCCUCUCUUCUGGAGACUCAGCUGUGGUUGGAAAAUGUUCUGUUUUUCAUUUCAGAGUCCCAAGACGGGAGCUGUAAGUCAGACAUGAACAGCAAGCCCAGGAAGGAGCGCACAGCCUUCACCAAAGAACAGAUCCGGGAACUGGAGUCCGAGUUUGCACACCACAACUAUUUGACCAGACUGAGACGCUACGAAAUCGCCGUCAACCUCGACCUCACGGAACGACAAGUGAAGGUUUGGUUCCAGAACCGGAGGAUGAAGUGGAAGCGGGUGAAGGGAGGCCAGCAGGGGGCGGCGGCACGAGAGAAAGAGCUGGUGAAUGUGAAAAAAGGGACGUUACUUCCCUCUGAGAUUUCAGAGAUAGUGGGACUGAAGCGCUCUGCCAGCUCGCCGCGGCUGGCGACUGAAGAGGACAGCCAUGACAGCAACCACAGCUCAGAGAAUCCUCACCUAUGACCUUCCAUGGUGUCACAGGACUGGACAGAAAUGAGGAAACAUUGGUGAGACAUUAAAAAUACAUGUAUACAGCUUGCUGUGAGCAAAGCCUCCCAACAGACGAUUAAUGAGACUCAGAGAACAUUCCAGAGAUGCUUUGCAUUGAUGAAAGGCUUUUAUUUUGCACUGUCGAGAACUUGUGUCGGUCAAACUCUACUGUACUUCUUCUAUUGAUUAAUACAAAGAUGUUUUGUGUACGAUGAACUGAACUGAAGGAACUCCUGCUCAUGCUUUGGAAUUUUAAUAAUUUAUCAAGAGGUCCCAAAACUGUAAUCGCCAAACGCAAACCUCUCCAGUUUCUUCCUGCACCCUAAAAUAAUGUACCUGGUGAACAUGUGUUUCUCCUCCUGCUCUGCUGAACUCAGAUUUCUAACGCAAAUAAAUCAGAAAAAUCAAAA